AUGGCUAAGAAGCAGGUGGUAGAAGCAGUUGGUCAGACAAUGCAAGAUAUCACAUAUGAGAAGCUCCCUUUCGGUGGAAAGAUAAUGGUUAUGGGAGGUGACUUUAGACAAGUGUUGCCGAUCGUGAGACGUGGCACUCGAGCACAAAUUGUGGAGUCUAGCUUACGGAUGUCACCUCUAUGGGCUUCAGUUAAAAGGCUUCGAUUAAUUAUCAACAUGAGAGCGCUGUUGCUUGUUGGUCAACAUGCUCGAAAAAGAGUGUUUUUACCAAGAAUUCUUCUAUGUCCGUCUGACGAUGAGAUGUUCCCAUUCAAACUAAAGAGAAAGCAGUUUCCAGUUCAGCUUAGUUUCUCUAUGAUAAACAAUAAAGCUCAAGGACAAACAAUUCCAAAUGUAGGUGUUUAUCUACCAGAAUCGGUAUUCUCACAUGGACAACUUUAUGUGGCGUCGUCCAGAGGAAUAUCACGUGUCAAUACCAAGGUAUUAGUAAAGACGGAAAAAACGUUUGAUAAUGAUGGAAUCUACACAUCAGACGUUGUGUACAAAAAAGUUUUAUGUGAUUAA